CUCUGAAUUUACGUUCCACAGAGCAUGCGCAUUAGGUCUCGAAGGAAGUGCACUAGGGUUGGCGCGAGAUAGAAAAUUGCUUUACUGUGCUCAUUUGAUUGCUGCUAGGUCCACCGGGUCUGAGCCGAACUUUUCAAGAAACCAAACACGUUGGGGAGAACGGAGACAACGGAGCCCGGUCCGAGCCACCGGCGGGCAAUAUUUUGCGUGGCUGGAAACAGAGGUCUCGGAAAUGGCGCGGCGGACUCGUUGUGAGGAUACCGACGAGCUGCCUUACCAAGACACAGAUUCUGAUGUGCCGGAGCCAAAAGAUGGAAGCAAAUACAAAACCAGAUGGACACAGGAAGAGGAUGAAUCACUGAAACAUUAUGUGAAGAAAUAUGGGCAAAAAAAUUGGAAACUCAUUGCUAGUCAUUUUUCGAAUCGCAGUGAACACCAGUGUCAGCACAGAUGGUUGAAAGUGCUAAAUCCUGAACUAGUAAAAGGACCUUGGACGAAGGAGGAGGACAAAAUGGUUAUUGAAUUGGUUAAAAAGUAUGGUACGAAACAAUGGACACUUAUUGCAAAACACUUAAAAGGAAGGCUAGGGAAGCAGUGUCGGGAACGGUGGCAUAAUCAUCUCAAUCCAGAAGUAAAGAAGUCUUCGUGGACAGAAGAGGAGGACCGGAUUAUUUAUGAAGCUCACAAGGUGUUGGGAAACCGCUGGGCUGAAAUUGCAAAGCUGCUUCCUGGAAGGACAGACAAUGCUGUAAAAAAUCACUGGAACUCCACUAUUCGACGAAAGGUAGAGAUGGGAGGCUAUCCAAGUGACUCAAGAGAAGAAGAGUCUUAUUACUUAGUAACACAGUUAGAUGACAAGGACAUCUGCUACUUUCAAGCACCGGGAAAUGAGUUUCAGUCUGAGCAGUAUCAGUGCCACGUUGAAGUUGUGUCUACAAAUGAUAACGGCGAUGCAGAUCAGGAUACUUACAGUAGCUGGUCAGGAAGCAUUCUUGAAGAGAAUUCUGCAGCUGUUAGUGGAACUCCUGGCUCACCUGCACCUUCUCCAGCCCAGCAACCUGCAGCCAUCAAACAGGAGUUUGAGGACUACCUUGAAGACCCUUCAAGCAGCUGGGUUUCUAACAUAAAAGAAGAGCACAUGGAAGCUGUAGGACAGGCCAUGCUUAACAAGUGGGCCACAGACGUAAAAGGGGAGCAAAGUAAUGCAGCUGAAGAUAGCUCUCCAGAAAGGUGGACAGUAGAUGUAAAGAAAGAACCAGAAGAACAGGAUAACUGGACAGCAGAUGUAAAGACAGAAAGUGAAGGAGGGGAAACGUCUCCACAGAACUGGGUUGUAAGCGGAGGGGUUCUUCUUUCCCCUACCUCAGUUCCAACAUUUCAUGAAGCUCUGGAAAUGAUAGAUGCAGAUCCAGAUGGGUGGUGCGAUUUGGCUAGCUUUGAUCUACCGGAUGAUGCAUCACGUACUCCUACAAAAGAAGCCAUAAACAAAAAUGUAGAACUGUCCAAUGUAACAGAAUAUCGCCUAGAUGGAAACACCAUAUCGGACUUAAGCAAAAGCAGUAAAGGUGAACUGAUUCCAAUUUCACCUCGUGUGUCUGGAAGUGUUAGCACACCGCCAUCAAUUUUAAAGCAACAGAAAAAGAGGAAGAUAACGUUGUCACCCGUGACUGAACACAGUAUCUGCUCUAAUGUAUCAUUGCUGGAAGUCAACAACAGCAUGACUCCAAAAAGCACUCCUGUAAAGGUGCUACCAUUUUCACCGUCCCAGUUUCUCAAUUUCUGGACUAAGCAGGAUGUUUUAGAUAUUGAAAAUCCAUCUUUAACCUCCACCCCAGUGUGCAGUCAGAAAGCAGUUGUGACAACACCUUUACACAGAGACCAGACACCUCUUCUUCAAAAGGCUUUAGCACACACAGAAGAUUUUAUACAUGGCCCUACAAGAUUCAUAACUCCAAACAAUAAGACUGCUUUAGAAACCACACCACGAACCCCUACUCCUUUCAAAAAUGCUCUUGAAAAAUAUGGACCUAUGAAACCUUUGCCCCAAACACCACAUCUGGAGGAAGAUUUGAAGGAGGUACUGCGGAGUGAAGCAGGGAUUGAACUGCUAAUAGAUGAUGUGAAACCUGAGCCAAUAAAGCGGAAGUUUGGACAUAGAACGCCCAUGAAAAAAGUGAGGAAGUCUCUAGCACUGGAUAUUGUGGACAAGGAUAUGAAAAUUGCUGGGUCCUCUGUUUCUAAACCUAAUUCUGUCACAAAUGCACAGUCUGAAAGCUUCCUUUCUCACUCAUUGAACACAUCUGGGUCUUCAGGUCACAAGGACAACAGCAUAAUGAACAAAGGGUUUGUGCAGCCGAAGACUGAAAAUAGUUUUUCUAAGAAACUGUCCCACCCAAAGACGAUGUCCAGUGACUGGGAAGCAAUUGCUUGUGGAAGAACCAGAGACCAAUUAUUUAUGCAAGACAAAGCCAGGAAAUUCUUAAAUACAUUAAAAUACAGCCAGACCUCUAGGGCUCUUAUUUUAUGAGGCUGUGGCACUGACCAAGCUGAAUAUAUUGUUAAUUCACUCAGAGCUCAAGAAUGGUGACAGGAAUAUGAGUCUGAACUUUCCUUUUGUUUUUAAACUACAGAGGACGCAUAUCUACAGCACAGACUGUUUUAUUCAUCAUUGCGUACAAUGAUGAAGUACUGAAUAUUUUCUCUAGAAAAUGAGAAACCUAUGUUGUGUAUUUUCUCAGGUGUUGACACAGUUUUAUGUGGCUAAAGAGGAGUCUUCCUCCACUCAAGGUCUGCCAAGACUUGCCUUUUCCACUAGAGAGCUAAUCUUAAAAAGAUAUACUCCAGUGACCUGCUGUUACAUGAAGAAGAUGUGGGGGUGGGGGUUGUUGAAUCCGGUUAGUAUCAUGAUUCAUUAUAUUUGCAGGAGGAUAAUACUUAGCAUUGUGGACCAUAGAAAAUACAGCCUUCAGUAUUGCUGUUCCAGUUUCCAGCACCUACCGGUUCAAAGCUGUCUGCAGACAAGAGUACCCUAAUUCUUUAAUUAAAACUACUGAUAUUUUAUAUUAUAAAUGCCUCUUGAUAAAGAAAACACCCAUGAUAAAGUUUUUGUCAGAGCUAAUUUUGUAAUGUAUGUUGUUUUCUGAUGGUGGAUGAUGAAAAAUGAUCUCUGUCGUGGUUUAGAAUCCACUUAAUAAGGAAAUGUAUAACUGAGUGUAUAUAUGCUAGUAAUGUCAAGUGAUGGCAGUACAGGCUUACUUGUCAGAUGAAAACUGUUGCGAUAAAAGUACUUGAAUGUGUAUUUUAUGACUUUUCAUAUGGUUGGAGAGGGUAUCCCUUUUCAUGGGUCUCUUUUUCCUUCUUAUGUAGUCUUAGAAUAUUAAAAACAAAUACCAGUUUUGGUGACUGUUA